AUGGGCUGGGUAGGUGCGGGCGUGCUUAUCGCAACAGCAGCCUACUUUCUCUACCGCUACCCCCCUCGCAGCUGGGCCGAGCCUCGUUCUUUUGCCCCUCCGGAACCCACCCCCGACGCGCCAGUUGCCGCUGCCACCGCAGACGAUACUGUGCCGCGGAAGCAUGGCUCAGGGGUCACAACACCAUCGAUAGAGACAAAGGAGGAGGAGGAUGAUUCCCAGAGUACACCCAAGGCUGCGGCUUCGAGCGCACCACCUCCUGUCCUUGCAGUCCCUACGUUCAGCCUGGAGAGCGGCGAGCGCGAGACGUCGCAACCCGCCCUGGUACCAUCCAGUUCGCAACCCAUAAAUGGGACAGCAAAGCAAGCGCCGUCGACAAACCGUGAUAAUGCAGCACCAAAGUUCCAACCGCCACCGCAGCCAUCUCUCGCGCCGCCUCCAAAACCACAACCAUCAUCUCUACCUCCGAAGGCAACAACUACCGGCGCCUCUUCCCUAAUGCCUCCACCCCCAGUGCCACGGCUCCGAUCAACACCUCAAACGAACCGCCUUGCCCCCACAAGCUCGCUCCAACCCCCGCGACUCAGCGGCAACUCCCUUCGGCCUCCACCAUCAGCCGCCGCCGCUCAACGCGGCCUUGCCCCAACGAACAGCGGCAGCCGUCUGAGCAAUAGCACCCUCGCCCCGACACAAGUAUCUCUGAAGAAGUCCUCGGGUAAGGUGGUUCUUGAACCUGGAUUCUCACCCCUUGACUGGGCAGCACGGGCAGCGAACCCGAAGAACAACCUCCGCGGCGAAGGCCUUCCCCCAGGCCUGUUGCGGGUCACGCCGUCAAUGCUGAAGGAGCAGCAUGGCCGCAAGGGUCGGGAUGCCUGGACUUCAUACCACGGAAAGGUGUACAACAUCUCGCCCUACGCCCCUUACCAUCCAGGUGGAAAGGGUGAGCUCCUCCGUGGCGCGGGGAAGGACUCUGCACAGCUGUUCCAGGAGAUCCAUCCGUGGGUCAACUGGGAGGGGAUCCUCGGCGAGUGUCUAGUCGGAAUUCUAGUUUCGGAGCAUGAUACUCAGGCCGAGAAUGCUUUGGAUGCGAUGGACUAA